AUGUUGCUCUUAAAAUUAAACCAACACCAUUUCCAAACCGCUCUUGCCAGCUCUUAUCCUUCCUUUGCCGGUGAUGAGGUUAUUGCUUCUGGUUGGGGUCGUAUUUCGGACUCUGCUUCCGGUGUUACCAACUAUUUGCAAUGGGCUCGCUUGGAAGUUAUUAGCAAUGCUGUCUGUGCCAGAACUUAUGGUUCCACCAUUACCUCCUCCAAUCUUUGUGUCAAGACUCCCUGUGGUAUUUCCACCUGCAAGGGUGAUUCCGGCGGUCCAUUGGUGUUGGCAUCCUCUGGAGUUCAAGUUGGUUUGACUUCCUUCGGUUCCAUUUUGGGCUGUGAAAAGGGUUUCCCUGCUGCCUUCACCCGCGUCACCAGCUAUUUGGAAUGGAUCAAUGAACACACUGGAAUUUCUUAUUAAGUUGUUAAAUUACAGAAAUUUAAAAUUCAAAUUUGUUUAAAUAAAUAAAACAGUUUGAAAAAAUUUA